UUCUACCCCAUUCCUGGGUCUUAGGAACUCACCCUCUGUUUCCCCUGCUCCAGGAUGUCACAGCUGAGCCUGUCCUGGCUGGGACUGGGGCAGCUGGCAGCCUCCCCGUGGCACUUCCUGCUGCUGGCUGGGGCCGCCUGGCUGCUGGCCCGCAUCCUGACCUGGAGCCACAGCUUUUAUGACAACUGCUGCCGCCUCCAGUGUUUCCCGCAGCCUCCGAGGCGCAGCUGGCUUUGGGGUCACCUGGGCCUGGUGACCCCUGUACAACGGGGCUUGAGGGUCAUAAGUCAGCUGGUGGCCACCUACACCCAGGGACUUCUCUGGUGGAUGGGGCCCUUCUACCCUGUACUGCGGCUCGUCCACCCUACCUUUGUUGCACCCCUGCUCCAGGCCCCAGCCACCAUCAUACCCAAGGAUAUGUUUUUCUACAACCUCCUGAAGCCCUGGCUAGGGGAUGGGCUCCUGCUGAGUGCUGGUGACAAGUGGAGUCACCACCGUCGCUUGCUGACACCUGCCUUCCAUUUUGACAUCUUGAAACCCUAUGUGAAGAUUUUCAACAAAAGUGCAGGCAUCAUGCAUGCCAAGUGGCAGCGUCUGGCCUUGGAAGGCAGUGCCCAACUAGACAUGUUUGAGCACAUCAGCCUCAUGACCCUGGACAGUCUGCAGAAAUGUGUCUUCAGUUUUGACAGCAAUUGCCAGGAGAGUCCCAGUGAAUAUAUUGCUGCCAUCUUGGAACUCAGUGCCCUUGUGGUGAAACGGCAAGAGCAGAUCUUCCUGCACGUGGACUUCCUAUACAAUCUCACUCCUGAUGGAUGGCGCUUCCGCAGGGCCUGUAACCUGGUGCACAACUUCACAGAUGCUGUCAUCCAGGAGCGGCGCCGUGCCCUCAUUAGCGGGGGUUCCCAUGACUUCCUCAAGGCCAAGGCUAAGACCAAGACUUUGGACUUAAUCGAUGUGCUCCUGCUGGCCAAGGAUGAAGGUGGAAAACAGUUGUCAGAUGAGGACAUCCGAGCAGAGGCUGACACCUUCAUGUUUGAGGGCCAUGACACCACAGCCAGUGGCCUCUCCUGGAUCCUGUACAACCUUGCAAAGCACCCAGAAUACCAGGAGCACUGCCGGCAGGAGGUACAAGAGCUCCUGAGGGACCGUGAGCCUCAAGAGAUUGAAUGGGACGACCUGGCCCAGUUGCCCUUCCUGACCAUGUGCAUCAAGGAGAGUCUGCGGCUGCAUCCCCCGGUUACAGUCAUUGCCCGCCGCAGUACCCAGGACGUCAGGCUCCCUGAUGGCCGGGUCAUCCCCAAAGGGAACAUCUGUGUCAUCAGCAUCUUUGGGAUUCAUCACAACCCGUCUAUCUGGCCGGACCCUGAGGUAUACAAUCCCUUUCGCUUUGACCCAGAAAACAUCAAGGAGAGGUCACCCUUGGCUUUUAUUCCCUUCUCUGCGGGGCCCAGGAACUGCAUUGGGCAGACGUUCGCCCUGACCGAGAUGAAGGUGGUUCUGGCGCUGACGCUGCUGCGCUUCCGGGUCCUGCCGGGCGAGGAGGAGCCACGCAGGAAGCCGGAGCUGAUCCUGCGCGCGGAGGGCGGACUCUGGCUGCGCGUGGAGCCGCUGAGCGCGGCAUCCCGGUGA